AUGCCGCAAAACGUUACAGCCCCAAAAGUAGAAGUAGAAGUAGAAGUAGAAGUAGAAGAUGUAGAAGUUGAAGUAAAAAUUUUCGUCCAACACAAUAUUUGCACAGAUUUUUUGAAAAUAUUUCUGAAAUCUGUAACCUUAAACAGUAUUCUGAAGUACAGUAGUACAUCAAUACACUUUAUAGUUUUGACCGAUAAAGCAAGUGCUGAAACCUGUGGCCAUAUUUUCUUCAAAAUCAUCGGGAAAAGGCUUUCUCAGGAUAUUAUUAUGUCUAGGUUCUGGAAAUGGAGAAGGUUAAGAGCUCUAAAACCACUACACGUCUCUUUUGUAAACUUGAAGGAAAUAGUUUCUGCUAACCAGGAGAGUUUACAAGAAAUGAAAACUUGGUCUUGGCAGAGUAAAGAUAAAGAACCUGAUAAGGAAUUGGUUGCUAUGUGCAGUGUACGAUGA